AUGGAAACGACCGUCUCUCAUCGACUGGCCGCGAAAAACUGGACGCGCACACACGAGAUUCAAGCAGACACCGGGGAAAAGGCCAGCAACCGAGGGAAGGACGACGAAAAGAAGGAAGAGAAGAAGGAGCCCAGGAAGGGUCGAACUGUCUCCGACCCGUUUGUCGUCACUCAACUCCCUCUUUCUCCUGCUGACCCCGAAAAGGCUUUCGCGCUGUCCUCUUCUUCCGCUUCUCUUCCUUCCCCCGCUUCCUCUUCUUCUCCGUCUUCUUCUUGUGCAGCGCCUUCGUCUCCUUUUCUGCCGCCUCCUGCCUCGAGGCUGCCGUCACUUCAGGAGGGGGCCAGCGAGGGCCAUUCUCUCGCAGACUGUCGCUGCUCUCCAGGUUCUCACAACCCCGCACCCGGUAGAGACGCGGAGAAACUGGAAACGCGAGUGCCAAGCGAGAGCGAUGGCGAGAAGCCUCGAACGCAAAUUGCUGUGGGCACAAGAGACAGCGAGAGAGAAAGCGCGCAUGCAGGCCACAGUCGUAUUUCUCCGGAAGAGCAAGCGGGCGCGAGAGCCGGAGGCAAAGCCUCGAGCGUGAACCGCCGUCGAGAGAAUCGAGCAGUGCCGCUCACGCACGCGCCUUGUGUCUCGUUUUUCGUCGAAGACGAGAGCGAAAAAGCGCUCGGAGGGUGGCCGGGCUGCCGCUCCUUUGUCGUCUCUCUCGCUGCGCUUCUCGAGGAGAUCCGCCACGCUGCCGCUUUUCUUUCGUCCGUCUUUGCUCCCGCGAUUCGGAAAUCUUGGACGUCGAAAACGACCGAGACAGCGCCUCGGCACUCGCAACAACCGCCAGAGCCUCUCACUUCUUCGUUCUCCCCUUCCUCGUCUCCGUCUUCCUCGUCUCCGUCUUCCUCGUAUCGGUCUUCCUCGUAUCCGUCUUCCUCUUUUCCUUCUGCGUCUUCUUCCACUCCAUCUUCUUCACUCUUUCCUUCCUCCCCUUCUGCUUCACUUGGGCCUUUGUGGAUCCAGCGGAGGGGUGCGAGUGUCCCCGCUCGUUCUGGCGAGGCGGUCGCAGGCCUUGUUUUUGUGUCGCUUCUCCGGUGGGUUGCCGAGUGUUUCCUGCUCCACCUCGCCGGGGCAUUCUCUCCGCCAGCCUCGCAAGCAGAAAGAAACAGCGCAGAAGAUGGGAGCGACGACGAACGUCGGGAAGAGGGGGGAAGUCAAGGUCGCACAGUCGAGGACGAAGCCAGCGAAGCAAACGAAGGUUUCUCUUCAGUCCACGUUCUCGUCGUUCUUCUCCUCUCCCUGAUGAUCCAGCAGAGCCCGAAAAGGGUCUCCCUGCUUUUCUUCGAAUGCUGGGUGGAGCGGCUGCGACAGGACCCGGCGCAGUGGAAGGAUGCAGCCCUUCUCCCUCUCCUCCUCACUUUCUUGCACCCUGUUCAGUCUCUCUGCGUCUCUCUCGCCAGGACAUCGGGAACCUUCCUUGAGGCUCUCCUAGCUAGCACGCAAGCCCGUGUCUUCGCGCGCGUCGGCGCCCAACUGGUAGCGGUCCACGACAAGCUUCGGGAAACGCUUCUGUCUCCGCUCCCUUCUUCCUCGUCUCUGCGGGCCCCAUCGCCGGAAGCGUCUCUGCACGGGAACGACUCUGCGCAGCGCGAAGGAAGUGUCGACAAGGGCCAGAUAGACCCCGCUCUUCUUUCCGGCCGAGGACUUCAGUGCGGAGAAGCACAGAGCAGGAAAGAGGAUGCGCAAGUUCAGAACAGAGGCGGGAGCGCUUCCCGCGAAGCGCGCCGUCGCCGUGGGGACGUCUACAGGCUCUGCGCAACUCAGCGAGCUCUGGCUGCCGCCUUGGAUAUCUUGUGUUGCUAUAUUUCUUCCCGUUACGUCUCCCGCCUCGAAGCGCUCUGCGUGCUGCCUGGUGUGGCGUCGCUCCGGCCGCGUUCGACUGCUCCCGCGGGUGUCCUUCCUGUCUGGUGUGCCUUGCGAGCGAAAGCGCCACAACGCCGCUCUCCCAGAGACUGUCUCCACGUCAUCUCUGAUCUGCGCGGGCCGCAGGGCCUAGGUGUCUCCGUGUCUCCGCGGGGCCGAGAUCUGGACGGCGCGCUGCGGCUCGUGGAGGCGGUGAAGAAGGCCCUCCCCGUUGCUCUCGCGGUCGAGCUCCUCCACACAGCCCGGGGCCUGCAUGCAGAGCGACCGGAAGGCGCACUGGACGAGAUCGCACCAGAUGACAGGCAGACGGCAGGGAGCGAGAUACUCGCGCCGACACAAGAUGGCGGGGCGCUGGCGUUUCAGGCCCUCGCGAAUGCCGAAGUGAGGAGUUGCGCAUGGAGUUGCGUGUCGCUGUAUAACCGCAUUCGCGCCGUCCUCUCGCAAGCCGCCUUCGCUGCUCUUCGACGAGAACGUCUCGCGAAUCUUUCUCCGACAGAGGCAGAAGAAAAGGCCUGCCGAGGGCGAGGCGAAGAGACAAACCAGCACGAAGAUGUCGAGGAACGCAAAUCCCCAGGCGGGAGAGGAAGGUGGGAGAAGAGACCAGAUGCCGACCGGCGAGUCGGAAAAGACCCGAGUGACGCCGAAGAUGCAGUGCUGCGCUCUCUGGCUGCCUCGCCUUGCCACGUGUGCCACGCCUUUCGCCUCCUGCAGCUCUUCGAGCUCCUCCCUUCGCGGCCCAAAAAACAAACGCGGUUUCCAGCGUCGCGUGGCUCCGCGACCCCGCCCGCAGAGCCGCAAACAACGCCGCCUUCGAGGCGCGGCGCAGCGACUCUCGACCGCGCCUACUCACAGUCUUCUCCGGUCUCCGCAGAACCCGCCGGGAAGCAGAGGGAAGGACGCGAGGAGAGAGAAUCGAGACGGGCGACAGAAGCCGAAGCGGGGCGCGAGGCCAGAGCCGCGGAGCACGAGCAGAGAAAGGAGACCCGGGACACUCGCGAGUGGAUCAGAAGGCGCAAGGGGGAAGCUCAGACCAGCACAUCGUGUCGGCGCUCUCCGGGUUCCCGCGAGGCUUCACAGGGAGGGAGCAGCGUCGUGUGCCUCGACGGAGGGGCGGGAGAAAAACGAGAACGCGAAGGAGAAGGACUCGAAGGCCGCGAGAUAAAGAAGGCGGCUCUCGCGUCUCUGAUUUCGCGCCUCUUCCAGAGUCACCUGGCAGGCCCCCCGCCGUGCGCGUGUGCUUUGGAAACAAACAGCGAACGCUCGUGUCCAGCGCGGCUCUCUUUACGCUCGCUUGCGCCGCCCUCAGCCUCCGCCGCCCGCGGGCCCUGGCUGUCUCCGGAUGUCGCUCCUGGACGCCUCGUCGACUGUCUCUUUCGAGCCCAGUCCUCGUCGCUCGAGUUUGUGGGCGCCCUCCUCGAGGUGCUUGCCGACGCUUGUGGGGCGGAGAAGCGGCGACGAAAUCACGCUGUGGCGAGGAGAGAUGCCGACGCCGAAGUGAGGAAGGAGACACAAACGGCCGAAUCCUCGACGAGCGCGGCGGCAGCGCCUGCCUUGCUGGCGCUUGCCGAGCCGGUGGACGUGCGUCCGGACGGCGUGCGCGAAGGCAGGAGACGGCGGGAGACGGCGAGCAGGACGACCGAGUGGCAGGGGAACGCGACGGAGAUUCCGAUCUCGUACUCCUCAGUUUCAGGAGACAACGGCUUCGGACAACCACGCAAGCGCCACAGAGGCGAAACUCCCGAAGAUCCAACGACAGCAGACGAAGGCGAAACAGAGGCAGAAGAAGGGAGUGAAGGGAACCAAGAGGAAGCAGAGCUACUUGAAAAGGAAGGUUCGCCGGGGUGUCUAGGCAGCGAGAGGCGCGCUUUCUGGUCUCCACAGGUGGAACGCGACCAAGCGUACCUGCGGCACUGCGUGGCCCCGGCGCUCCUCGACUGGCUCGGCUUCUUCUUCGCCCCGCCCUCUGGCGUUUUCCACCGCCUCCUCCCUGCUCUCCACACGUCUCUGUUUGCUUGCUUUUCGCGUUCUCUUCAAGCACACAAAGAAGAAGCGAACGGUCGAAGAACACCAGAACUCUCACGAGGGUUCGAAUCCGUUCUCACCGAAAGCGAGAGGCCGAACAGCUUUCUCCCAGAAGACGUUCCGCCUUCGUUCUCUUCUCCCUCCCUGUCGUCCUGCUCUCCCAGAGUCGCUAUCUCUGCUUCGUCUCGACCGUCUUCUCUCGUCAGCGGCGACGGUGCGCGGUCGCCUUCCCCUCCUCUUCCAUCGCAUGCAUCGAAUACAGCUGCGCCUUAUCCUCACGCGUCCUCGACACAAGUCGCAUCUCCUCCUCUGCCUUCCCCGUCUCUCGGGUGGGGUCUCUCCAGGCCGUGCGCUUCUUCGGCAUCUCGGCCGACGUGGGGACGCGUCGCUGCAAAGUUCUGUCCCUUCCAAGGAGACCCCACAUGUCCCUCAGACUGGGUAGCGAACAGCGGCGGCCGAGGCGAAAGAGGAGAAGCGGCGAGGCGGGAAGAGCCACGAGUGGCGGGAGGGCGAGGCGCAGACGACGAGAUGCAGUGCGUAGAUGAGAUGGCGAAGCGUCGAGAAGACAAGGACGAUGAGGAGGGAAGGGCUCAGACGAGAAACGCGAGUGUCUGUUUCUUCUCCUCUGUUUCGAGGGCGCAGGAAACGAAGACGCGUCAGCGACUCGCCGCCCUGCUUCUCCGGCUCCUCAACGUCGAGCGAGACCUUCUGGCUCUUCCUCCCUCCCUCGCACAUUUCUCCGGAACGGUUCUCUCUUCUUUUGUUGACGCGCACUACUUUCACUUUCUUCUCGCUUACUGCUCGCCCUUUGCCUCCUCUCGGACGGUCGAUGGAGAACUGAACGCAAAGACAAAGUCGUGUUCGCAGGAAAAAGAGACAGACAGAGACAGCAUGGCCGAGACCGUUUUCCUGCUCUGCGAGCUCCACCUCCACGCACUCGUCCGAGUCGCUGCGCGACGGUCCAGGGCGGCGACAAAACGCCUCCAGCAGUUCCGAGUGUUUGAUUUCCUCUCCGUCCACCUUCUCUCGCCCUCUGCGGACGCUUCGCCGUGCAUCUCUGCGGCGCGGGCCCCGGCGGUUCGGGUUUCUUCUCGGCGGCGUUUCGCUGGGAGAAGCCGAGAGGGGCGCGCGGCGGCUUCGAGACUCGCCUCUCCUGCACUCGCUAGCGACGGAAGGAAGAGAGGUCGCGUGAGAGAGAAGAAGGCGGGGAAAAACUCGAAAGAUGGCGCGAGCGAAGAGCAGGCGGAAGGCUGCGAGCACGGCGACACAAACAGAGACGGAGUGGAGGCGCGGGAUGGCCGACGAAGAAACGGGCCGGAGCAAGGAGACAGUCCCGAGCGCUCUGGAGGUGAAGCAGGGAGCCGCGGGGUUUCUGUGUCUCUUUCUCUCCGUCGUGCUGUCUUGUCCACUCGUUCUUCGCGAACGUCUCCUGUCCCUUGGCCCUCACACUCGCGGCCAGCCUCCGGCGUUUCCCUUCCUUGCUUCACCCCCACUGCGGCGUGCAAGCCCGACUCGCCUCUCUCGCUUGCGGCGACGACCGUGUCCCCUCUGUCUCUGGCGGCUCCAGCCGUGUCCUUUCGGGCUCCAGAAACCCGCGUCUGGCGCCGCGACCCGCUGACGAAGCCGGAAGACGGGCCAGCGCCCCAGUUCGCAGCGUCCCCGAAGGGCUGCCUCUCUCCGGCCCGGCGGACGGCUAGUUGGGCUCCAACAACGGCGGCUGAGGCGGCAUCUAGCGGGAGACUCGGAAACGCAGGUCGGGUUGCUUUUCCCGACGGCAGAGAACCUCGCGCUGGAGACUCGAAGUGGAGGGGCGGCAGUCCGGAGGCGCAAGGAAGAAAAGGAUCGCAAGCGAAGACACACGGACGGAAAGCGGCGAAAAGGAAGGAAGAGAGGCGGCAUGAACCUGGGCAGCGGCGAGAGGGGGACGGAGAGAGCGUGCGGAGACGGUCUGUCUCCAGCGGUGCCAGCUGCCACAAGCCCCGAAACAAAGACCGAAAAAGGAAGAGAGAAAAGCGACGUCUCGCGGCCUCGCCCACACGACUGUCUCCGGGAGGCCGAUCCGGAGAGCCUCUUCCUUCCGGCCGCCUCAUGAGACCCUUCAUCCCUCCUUUGCGCCUCGACGCUCUCCCGCCGCCUGCGUCGUAUCGGGACCUACAGCCGCCGUCGGAGGCCGGCAUGGUCAGCUACGGGCCCACCUCGCGGCCCGCAACGGCGAAGGCUGUCUCCAGUCGGAGUCGCUUGCGGCCAACUGUCUCUUCGCGACGAGCCAGGCGCGCGUCGCGCCGCAGCGGCCCCGAGGCAGAGGGACGGCGACCUGACCAGGCGAGAGGCAAGGGCGCCGAGAAAGCCGGGCGAGAAGGCAGAGACUCGCAGGGCGCAGAGGAGAAAGGGAGCGAAGGAGAACAGAAAUGUGCCCAAGAAUGGCAGACCCAGCAGGUGGGAAGAGACGCAGAAGGGCGAGAAACCCACGCGGAAGACGAACGAAGAGAGCGACCGUCGCCUGGAGAGAGAAGAACGGCGCGCCACCGAGGCGGACAGGAUCCUGAAGAUGCAGGCCUUCCCCUCGCAUCUGACGGCGUCGCGUCGUUCUCCCGGUCGCGAUCCGUGGGCGAGAAACGCUCUCUGUCACCGCCGGAGCCGCGUCGUCCUUCUCUGUCUUCUGCAGCUCCCCUCCGCAGCGCGGAGUCUGCCUCUGCGUCUCCUCGCCUUCCCUCCCCGCCUUCGAACCCGAGUUGCGAGCUGGGAAGAAACGCGGAAGAGUCGCCCGAGGUCAGUGACUCUCGAAAAGAAUCUGGGAUGAAGCGCAGCGGACCGCACGGGAGCGUUGCGCCGCCGCCCGCAGCGAUCCCUCCGGAGAGGCCUGUGUUUGUGAGACCGGUCGACGCGGCGCCCUGCGAAGACGCGCUCGACCCGGCGAAAGACUCGGAACGCGAGAAAGAGACACCAGAGUCUCCCACCGUCUCUGCGUCUUCUUCGCGCCUUUGUCUUGCUGCCAAUCCGCGGUUUCUGUCCGCCUCGUCGCCGGCGUCCGACUCCCCGUGGCCCGCGCCUGCCGGCGGUGAGCCUGGUGUCUCCUCUCGGUGGAGGCAGUCGUGCGGCGCGGCAGGCGGCCAGCGGCGAGCGCCGCAGCGCGGCGCCAAGCGAGAGCAUCCGAUUCCGGGACUGGUUCUCAGUCCUGUGUCGUCCUCUACCUCUCUGGCUGCGAAUGGCCUCGGUCCCCUUUCUCUCGGAAGUAGAAACGGCGCCUCCCAGCUGCAUUUCCAUCCGUCCCCAGCCCCAUCGGGCUCCGCUUUGCUCGAUGCGUGCAGACGGGGACGUGAGACUAGCGACGGGCUUGGGCUGUUGAGCAGAGGCCGAGCCGUCGGUGUCGCCCUCCAGGAGGCCCCAACUACAGUGUACCCCCCCCAGAGAUGGUCAUUCACGAGGCGGCCUUCCGCCUCGCUGUCUUACCCCUCUUCGUUUUCGGCGGAAAAGGGUGGAUCCAGUGCCUGUCCGUACAAUCUUCUCCGCCGCUUCGCGAGCGAGACGGGCUCUUUCGCAAGCCAGUCGAAUCGACAGCCCUCGCGAGGCCACGUGCAGGCCGCGAGCGCCGUGCCUCGGCCGUGCCGCCGCCGGAGACGGUUCCCCGACUGUCUGUCUCUUCAGAGAGACCACACGGCGAGCAGCACCGCCCUGCUCUCAAGGAAAAGUGUGCCUUCUGUGGGGCGCGGGGAGACAGCCCCAAAGGCCGAGGCUGCCGGCUGGUGGUGGAGGCCCCGCAGUCGGCCUGCGUACCACUGCGGCGGUCAUUCGCCGCGAGCGAACGGCGCCGAAGUGGAGCCGGAGACAGGCGAGGCAGGAGACUGCAAAGGCGAGAACACGCGGAUGCAGGACGGGACGGCGGGGACGGGAACGGGUUCAGGCGGAAGCGGAGAAACACCGAGAGGCGAGGCGCCAAUAGGGGAGGCGCAGAUGCCCAGCGCAAGCGAAACGGGAAAGGAGACCGGCAUGCACGCAGAAAUCUGUGUCGCCCGGACGCUUUCGCACACGGAUUCUCUUCCCUCCUUUCGUCCGACUCGAGAUGCUUUUUUCUGGAAGGUUCCGGAGGCAGCGAGCGCUGGGCCGGCAAUUCGCUCGCUCGCGUCGCCUCCGACCGUGUCUCCGCGCGUGUGCCUCCCCGGUGGAGACAGGCGGACGCCGGGAAGGGCUCUGCGCUAUACGACGACGGAUGCGGAAGAGAAGGUGAGGGACAGAGAAGACGUCGACCGAAAGGAGACGUCGAAGGGAGCUGGAGAUGUCCCAGCGCUCAGUCCCACUGGCGCGGCCCGACACAAGCCUCCCUUUUUUCCAGAGACGGACUUGGUCGGAAACGCAGGUUUGUCGCCCCAAGCGCCUUCAGGUCCGCCCGGGCCCUCUGUAGAGCCUCAAAAGAGUGUCCCUUCGCCCGGUGGAGCGUCGUCGAACCGAGGUCGGGAUGUUGCUCUCCCUGCCUCUUCCAGAUGUUCUCUCGCCUCUCUUCCUGGCUCUUCCGGCGUGCGGUCUUCGUGCCUUGCUUUGCCCUUGACUUCUGCUGCCGAAGUUCCCGGAUCCCCAUGGCGACGGCCUUCCCACCUCGUCAAACUUUCUGCCUUCUGCUCGCCUCGCCCCGCGGCGGGCGGAUGCCUGACGAGACCCAGGCAGCGCGCUUUCUCGUGGCAACCUCAUCCCUUCGAAAAACUGUGUCUCCUGGCUGCUCUCGUGACUCCCCGUAUCCGUGGACGAGAGCAACUUCAGAGCGGCAGUACCAACUCCCUGAAAGAAGGUGCGGUCCCUUCUUCCUCUGCAUCGCCCUCUUCCUCUUGCUGUCCCUCCUCGGGUUCCUCCCAUUCCUCCUCCUCUUUGUCCUCUUCCUCCGCUUCUCUCUUCGCCGAACCUGAGAGUAACGACCGCGCAGCUUCCGGCAAAGCUGGGCGAGGCGCCUCUCCUCCAGGUGAGACGCGCGAGGGCGGCGGAGACGGAGCGCAGAUCGGGGACGCAGCCUCUCGCCUCUGCGAACGCGAAGAGGGAGACGGGAGCGAAGGAGACGCGGCCCCGGACGGGGAACUCGGCGCAGAGAGGAGAGAGUCUCGGAGCGCGAUCCCCUGCUGGGUCGCCGAGCCCCCGGCACUCGUCGUCCGGCCUUCUGCGCAGAGUGAGGAAGAAGGGACUCCCGAAGAUCAGCAGGUGGAGACAACCGCAAAGCGUCUCUCUGUCUCUCUCGUUCCGCCUCUCCUCUUCCCCUGGGGUCUCUCGCCAGGUCUCGUCUCCACAGCCUCCCGGGUUGCGCCGGGGCUACUCGUCGUCUGGGAAGAGGCGCGCUUCCUGCUUCGCGAAGGAGACAGAGAAGAAGCUAAAGCAAGGGCAAAUGUCGAGUGGGUGGAGAGAAACGUAAACGAGCGCUGGCUGUCCAGAAAUACGAGGCAGGCUUCCUGUCCGGCGUAUUUCGCCUCCCUUUCUCCUGGCCCUUCCGUUCCGCUUCCGUACCCUGAAGAACCCUCGAGUCCCGCGCCUUGUGCGCGCCCUCUUUCUUUCGCAUCGUUGUCUUCCGCCUCGGCUGCGGCCGCUUCUGGGUCUCCGCUCUUUGCAGAUUUGUCCGUCGCUGGCGUUUCCCCGUCCGUCUCUUUUGGGUUUGAGGCGAACGGAGACAGGAGCCAGGGCGAGCCUCAGAGGGACAGGACGCACCCCGGCGACCCCGGGGCGCCCUCACUCGAGACGCUGAUCACGGGCGCCAUGGCGGCUCAGAGCGAGCAGAGGCUGUGCCGCGAGGGCCGUCUGCAUGCAGUCGCUGUUGUUCUGAUUGUCGCGCUUCUCAUUCAAGAGAAAAGGGGUUUACUGUCGUCCGACGGAAGGGAAGGCCUCGACGCCCUCGUUUCCCCGCCGUCCACGCGGUACGACCGUCUCUCCUCGCCGUCCUUCCCCUCAAGACGAGACAACACAGGCAGCGCCACGCCUGACUUGCUCCGCACCGCUCGCCGAACCGGCGGACACUCAGGGGAGGAAAGGGAAGCCCAACGGCGCAGUGAAGUAGAGAGUCGAGAAGAAGACACGCGUCGAGGCGGUGUCUCGACGCGUUCUGGAGAUUCGUGCGAAGAAAAGAAGGAAGACCAAAGGAAGGAGAGGCAAGAAGGCUCCACUGGAGAUUGCCUCUGCAGUGGUGCACUUAUUCCUUCGACUUCGCCCUCGCCAUCGCCCUCACGUGGAUCUACACUCUGUGCCUCCACGCCCGACUCUCCUGCGCAGGGCACUCCAGGUGGAUGUACACUUGGCUUCGCGCGCCUGCUUCCGCUGCUUCAAAAUCACCUUUCUUUCGCUUCGCGCGUCGCACGGAACCGUCGAGGAACGCGCGCCGUCUCAGGGGAGCGAGGCCGAUGGAAGGCUGCGGACGGGGAAAGGCGCGCGACGAGAGGAAUGUACGGCAGCGUGUGGAAAUGUGCGACGGCUUUCCCUGAGGUUCCCUUCGUAGCCGUCAAGCGCGUUUCAGCUCCUAUAGACGAGAAGAGCCAUUUAAUUUUCAGUUCGACUUUCCACGAGGUGGUGUGCUUGGACGCGUUCCGUCUCGCGACCCCGCUCCUUUCCGAGCUCUUUGACUUCGGCCUCUCUGCAUGCGAUGGCCUUCUCACCUACACGAUCAACAUGAAGCUGUACGGAUCGACCUUGGGAGAGUGGCGCCGCGGGAUCUUUGCGCAGUGUUCGUCUCAGCCGUGGUUCGCUCUGCUCGAGGGCCGGCGACGAGAACAAGAGAGAGAAGAAGAGGAACAAGGUAGAGAAGAAGAAGAGUCUGUGGAGUUCCAGCGAGCUUUUCUUCCGCUUCUUUUGGGGAUUUUCCGUCAAAUUGCGUGUGCGGUUGCUGCCCUGCAUGCGCGAGGCAUCCUCCACUGUGAUUUGAAGUGCGACAAUGUCCUCGUUGACUUCUCCACUUUGCUUCCCAUCCCUCGCCAGCCUCUCGCGCCGCUUCCCAGCAGACCACGACGCAGGUCACUGGCAGAGAAAGAAGAGGAAGAGACUGAACGAGGAAGAGGAGACCGUUGUGAGUCAUUUUUGUCUCUACACGCACAGGACGCUGGCGGAGGCGCAGAGAAGCGGGGACUCUACGAGAACGAGGGAGCGCCUGAGAGUGGUAGGACGAUUGCGCAUGCGAAGAACCCGAAACACGGCGAGUGCGAUGGACUGUCGGGGGAGAACGGAAGGCACGUCGUGGGCGAAGCAAACUGUGGGAGAAGCCCGCCGGUUGCCUGCUGGCCCUCGUCGUCUCCAGAGAAGACGCCGGUCUUUUCACGGUCUUCCUGGGAACGCGAGGAAGGCGAGGAAGACUCUCCAGUUCUCACGCCCGUGGUCCUUUCCCACGGCGUUCUCCUGAUGCCUCAAGUGGCGCUGUCGGACUUUGGGGAAGCCUGCGUGCUCGCAAAGAAGUGGGAGCAACCCAAGACGAGGUCGCGCGGGACGGAAGUGAACAAGAGCCCGGAGCUGCUUCACGUGGUGGUUCUCGCGGAGGAUUCCGCAGAAGCGAGCGAGUGUGGCUGCGCGUCGUUUCCAGAAACACCGAGGGAAAGCGGAGGAGCCGCUGGAGGGAGGGCGGAGGAGGGCGCAAAAGGAGAGAGACUGCGGCCGACGAGGCAGAGGCGUGUCAGGCUUUCCGAGAGAGAAGCGAAGCGUGCGAGCCCGGAAACGAAGCAACCCGACACCCAAAAACAGGCGUCAAGAGGUGCGCCUGAUCUGCCGUCCUCUCUUCCAGAGUCUGGCCUUUAUGGUAGUCACUCUCCGGCGUUGCGUGCAGCGAACAAGGGCGACGACGACUCUUCGAAUCCCGUUCUUUGCUCCCUCGCGCCUGCGCUCCCCUCACGCCUCAGGCUGGCGAGCUCGGCCAUGGCUGCCGACGUCUGGGCGCUGGGGUGUUUGUUCUUUGAGCUGGUGACGGGACACUUUCUGUUUGCGAGCAAUCCGUGCUUCUACUUGCGUCUCUCUGGGCGUCUCCCGCUCCUCGACGGCUUUGCGCGCGAGCGCCUGGACGCCGUGCACCCGUUGCUUGUGCCGUUCCUGCGGCGGCUUCUCCGCAGAGAUGCGGCCAGGCGGCCGUCGGCGAGUCAGGUCGUUUCCCUCGUGGACGCGCUCCUUCUCGCGGUGUUUCACUGGAGAGGAACAGACAGCGGCGGGGUCACGAGCGAGAAGGCGCGGAAGACGCAAGGGGAGAGAAGGAGCAAAGCGGAAAGAACGCCGGCGAAGCAGCCGAGACGGAGAUCUCAAAGGCGACAUACGGGUGGCGUGCGCGGAGAAAAGGGGACAGCAGGGACGGGGCACGAAGAGAGAGAACGAGAGGGACAAGGAGAAGCACAAGACGUCGAAGAGAGAGAAGAGAGCGAUGGCGAGGCGAGGGAGGACGUGAAGAGAGGGACAAAGCAGAAGCAGUCGUGGGGCGUGCAGACGGGGGCACGAGAUGCCUGUGAGGAUGGACGCUGUGACGCGAGAGCCGAGUGGAACGAAACGUAUCUUUCCCUCGCAGGAUGUCGCUUUUAUCUGGGAAUGAGCCCUUCGCCUGUUCGCGGCGCAGGCAUCACCCAAGAAGCAACGCAGACUCCCCAGCGUCGUGCAGACACAGCAGGCAGCAAAAACGACAGGCACGCGAAGGAUGAAGAGAUGGAGAGCAUCCCGGAGGUGACGCGGCACGCGGGCACACACUCGCUGGUGGACUCGAGCGGUUUUUCCAGGAACGUUUCGCAGACGACGACGCAAACGAGACGCGAAGCAACGCAGGAAGCGUCUUGCAUCUCUUUGAGAGUCGCAGGGACACAUGAGAGAGAGACUGACCGGAGUCGUUUUUCUGGUGGAGACUGCGAUGCGUCCGACGCCGACCCGGGAACGGAAAGUGAAGGCGAACAAGAGACAGGAGACUGGUUUCGAGAGCAGGAAUUGGACCGCGGGGCGUUGUUUUCUUGCGGGGACUUCUGGGCGUUCGACGCGCCUGGACGCAGCGGGUGCAUGUUGAGAGUCCUUCGCGAUGUCGAAAUAUGGAUGCUUCCUGGCGACAGUUCCUGUCGCAAAACGUUUUCCGCCCCGAAGUCUUCUGUCGCUUCCCCGUCUUUUCUUGCUCCCCGAAUCGCCUCUUCUCUUUUGUCAGGAGACGCUGGGUGGCGUGCGCAGGCUCCCCGCUUGAAUCGUUUUCUUUCGCGCUUCUCGUUCAUCGUCGAUUGCAGGAAACCUCUCCGCCUGCCGCGGAAAGGCCAGAGAACUCAAAUGCAUACUUGCGCUGUCCUACCUUCUCGCCCGCCUUCUCCCUCCCGUUCUGCGAGAUCUGUCGCGCUCUCGCCUCGUUUUCUCGGACUCGGCGAAGCGGAGGCGAGCGCAGAUCCGCCCGCAGUCAAGGGGUGGAAGACGGAGAACACGGCGCGGCACCAGGUGUGUAGAUGUUCGCGUUUCACUUCGCGCUCGCUUCCCCCUAGUGUCUCGGGAUGGCGUCGCGUCCUCUCCUUCUCGGCUUUUUGCCUCUCCGGCGGCUGGUCGGCAGCUAGCGACGAAGAGGGAGAACGCGGAGACGAGAGGCCUGGCGCAGGAGGAACAGCAGGGUCGAAAGAAGGAAGGCAGAUGGGCCGGAAAGACUCCGGCUCUCUCGGAACAGGGAACGCUUCGUAUCGUUUCCCGGAAGAUCGGUUUUCUGCGGUAGUAGGACAGGAAGGCGGCGAGCCAUGCGUUCGAAACAACUCGGCCCGUGUUCUGGAUUUUAAGGCAAAAGCGCGAACGGAGAAUGAGCUCAGGAAGGGGGGAAAGAAACGGAAGCUAGGGACGAGACCAUGGCUGAGAAGGGACAAGGCGUUUGCUGCAUUUCUCCCCGCUUUGUUUGAUUUUCUGCGCGAAGCGGCGGCCUGCGGGGCUCGUGUCCUUCUCGUAGAUGAGGAGGGCCCUCUGAGGCCAGGAGACGACACCGAAGGUUUCGGUGAACUUCGAGAGGAGAGCGAAGCGGAAACGCAGGAAAGCGUUUCAAUUGCAUGCGCCAUCGCUCUUGUCAUGGAAGGCCUGUCGCUGGAUCCGUUCCGAGCAGCCAACUUACUCAGCUCGCAGUGUAUAUACACCUCGUUGACGGCUGCGACCCGGAAUGUCCUGUCGACGCUUUUCCGUGAGCGGUUGAGAACAGCGAAAAGACCGACUUUCUUCUUCCAUGCAGGUCCACGAGAAGGCACCAGGGUCGGUUCCCCGCUACUUGCGAAGAAACAGCGUGACGCGUCAGCUUUUUCGCAGACAAAAGCCGAAAAACGCAUGAACGGCGUCCGUCCGCUCGACGACGUUGCGGCAGACAGGGAAACAGCGGGGAGUAGACACUGCUUCCAAAAGAAUCGGCGAGACAGGCGAAUGAACACCGGUUUAAACGACGCCUUCGCCCGCCCAUCAACCCUUCGAGACCGCUCAAAUCCCGCCUCCUGGGUGUGCUCCGUAUUUCCCAGAAUGCGAGAAAUGGGACAAGACAGGCGGGAAGAGACGGACGGGAGAAAAGGCAAAGUGCAGACAUCUGCGGGGGAGACUGAGGCGCUCUUCGUCUCGUCGCUUUCUUGCCUUUGUGGGUCGUGCGUGUGGCGACCAACCGCUCGCUCGUUCGCUGAUUUGUGUUUUCUCUCUCAAAAGGGAGACAAUUUGGUGACGGGAAGCUCCUGUGUCGCGUCGCCAUCUUCGUUCUCCACCGGCUCUCAUUUCGCUUUUGCGUUUUCUUCUUUUGGUCAACCGUUUUCAAUUUGCCAGGCGUCGGCCUGCUGCUCGUGGAACGGUGUCCCCGGCGGCGGCGCACAAGACGCAGAGGCAAGAAGAUGUCUCUCCCAGUUGAGUGGCAGCAAAGUCGAAGAAAGAAGAGAAGGAAGAAGAGAAGACAGAGCAACUGGAGAGAGCUGGAUCUGUUGCUGCCGCAUGUGUCCCCUCCGUGGGCUGUGCAGUGUAUACACAGUUCACAUCCGCGCGGCGUAUGGACUCUCUGGACUGGCCGGAAUUUCGUGGCGUCUCCUUUUUCUGUUUCCCCGCGCGGAGGCUCCCCGAGGAGGCGAAGAAGUACAAAGAAAGAGAAGUAAACAAGAAGGACAGCGGCGUGACUUGAAUGUAAAUGCGUCGAUCUUUUCGCUGCUGCACCUUCUAGCUGGAGGACGCACGGGGCAGCUGGAGUGUACAUACAGCGGGCUGCAGGAUUUAACUGAGGGACCUAUCGCAAAUGCAGAAGAGGUAUCACUGUCACAGCUUCUUCAUCGUCCCGUCGCUUCUUCUUCUCUUGGUUGUUUCUCGUCGCCGGGUUGUGGCUGCUUGGGAGCGGGAGACUGCAGAGAGGGUCAGACCGAAGCGCGUAGAAAGAACGAGCGACAAGGACAAGAAGACGGAAGUGGAGCAGAGACAACGGCGAGGGAUGAGCAAGGAGACGAGAAGGAGCAGAGAGUAGCGUCAGACCAUGCGUUUGCUCCUGGCAACUGUGACACAGUGCGGCACGUUCAGUGGAAGUAUUUCCGCUGUCGUAACUGUCACCUUCUCUCCUUUGCCCUCGGUUUCCCUUCUUCCGGUUGUGUCACCCAGGGUAGGGGCGAGGAGACGGAGGCGGAAGACGAAGGGCGCUACGAAAGAAGUCGCACAUUUGAAGCAGAAACGGACACUGAAGGAAGCGAGAAAGACGCGAGGGAAACUGGAGAUUUGGAACAAUCCCGAGACAGACGUUUCCAGAACAGGCAACAAAGCGCUGCUCCCGCAACAGCGCAAAGGAGGGAAAAGAGAGAUCGUUUUCGCCUCUGCGCUAUACUGGCCUUCCCGGUCCAUCACUCUGGGCGCCAGCGGAGCGGUGGGCUGCAAGUGGUUGGAGAAGCGAGAGAGAUGCCGGGCGAGAUCCGCAGCGGUGUGGAACGCGAGUGGUGUGCUGAGGACGCAGGGCGCGUCUGUUUGCCGACAUGCUGCAUCGAAGCAGACGAAGAGGAAGGAGAGUCAAAGGACGAGGCGUCAACGACUGGGGGGGACUCGGGAAGAACAGGAGCAUCCGUGCACGGAGGAACAGAGCGGAAGUGGAAGGAGAGAGACUUGCGGGAAGGGGGACAUCCAGGAAAUCAAAGGGAAAUCUCAGAAGAGAAGGAUAGACUGACGUUCGACGCGAGGUCGAUUGGGAGGCAGGAAGUGCAAGAAAAGUCGCCACAAAGCGAGAAAAGGGGCGGUUUGCGGAGAAGGAAAGAGGCGCCUCACGGGAAGGACAGGAGGCAGAGGGAAGAAGAAGAGCGGACUUCGAAUUCCUGCUGUUUCCAGGAAACACACGCCACAGAUCACGGUUCCGAAUGGAGCGGCUCGGAGGCUUCGCCUCGGGCCAGGCGCCCGGUGCUCACCGAGUUGCUCUUGAGCGAUGUCCUGUUUUGCCAGGACUGGCAAAACGACAGGCAUUUCCAGAACCUCCGGUAG